AAAAGAAAAAAAAAAAAAAACUAUAAAUUUCAACUUAAUAAAAAAAAAAAACUAGAAAAAUGAAAAUCGUAGCUGUUAUCUGCUUCUUAUUGUUAACCAUUGCUUAUUCAUCUGCUCAUGGAUUCUAUGGUUGUGGUGGUGUCUCUUGUCCAUGGGGUAGCAUCUCUUUAACCAAGUUUGGUGUCUGUGGUUGUAUUGAAAUUUAUAAAUGCCGUGAUGUUUCACUCACCACUAGAGUCAUUGGAACCUGGGAACAUGAUGGUUGCUCUUACACUCAAUACGAUGUAACCAUCACCAACAAUAUGGACGCUAAUAUUCAAAACAUUUUUAUCGGUACUGAUGAAACCUUAAAAUUACGUAGCUACGACUCAUUAUGGAACGCUAAAAGAUGUAGCCCAGAUGAAUUAAGCUUACCAGACUACCAACCAUCAAUCAAUGCUCAUGCAUCAUACACCUUUGGUUUCAUUCUUAGAGGUACUGUUCCAGCCAAUCUCGCUAUCUUAAGUGUUGUAUAUUAAAUACAACUGCUUUAGACUAAAUGUAGUCUCUAUUUCUUUUAAUAAUGUAAAAAAGAAUGUGUAACAAAAAAAAUGUAAAAAAAAUAAAAAAAAUUUUAAUAGAAUUAGUUUAACCUUUA